AUGAACGCUAAUAACAGUUCCUUACAUAACGUGAAUCCCGCUGGUGUGCCAGCAGAAAUGGGUGCCGGUGUACCAUACCAGUAUAUGACUCCAGAACAGUGGCAAUUCCAGCAGCAGCAGCAGCAGCAGCAAAUAGUUCAACAGCAACAAAUGACUCAGCAACAGCACCUAGCACAACAGCAGCAGAUAGCUCAGCAACAGAUAGCUCAACAGCAACAACAACAACAACAGCAGCAGCAGCAGCAGCAGCAGCAGCAGCAGCAGAUGAAUCAACCUUAUUAUUAUUACUACUAUCCACAGGCUCAAACACCAACGGCCGUGCCAGGUCCAAUGGCGAAAUAUCCAUAUAUGACACAAGUUGCUAAUGGUCCUGCUCCGCAACAACAACCACAACAACAACAGCCACAACAACAAGCUCCAAUGUACAUGUAUUCUCAGGAUCCUCACGAAUUACAAGCACAGAUGGGUUAUGCGAUGAACCCUGUGAUGGCUAGUCAAAAAACUUUCCCUAUGCAAGCUCCUAUGGGAUAUGCACCAAAUGGUAUGGUUCCUAUGAUGGAAGUAUAUCCAUAUUCUUAUCAUGCAAAACAAUAUGCUAAGCCUAGAAUGAUCACUACAAUGUGGGAAGAUGAAAAGACCCUUUGUUAUCAAGUGGAAGCUAAUGGAGUGUCAGUGGUCCGUAGGGCAGAUAAUGAUAUGAUUAAUGGAACAAAACUACUAAAUGUAACUAAGAUGACUCGUGGUAGAAGAGAUGGUAUAUUAAGAGGUGAAAAAGCGAGAAAUGUUGUUAAGAUUGGAUCUAUGCAUUUAAAAGGUGUUUGGAUUCCCUUUGAAAGAGCUUAUUUAAUUGCCCAAAAGGAAAAAAUUGUAGAUUUAUUAUAUCCGUUAUUCGUUAAAGAUAUAAAAUCUUUCUUAAAACAAAGUUCCAUGGCAGAUGGUUCGCAAGUUGAGAUAAAUUCACAACAAGUAUCGCAAAAUACAACACCAGUGGUUGGAAACAGUUAUAACGUUUCACCAGUGGCAGACGUACCAGUACAACCAAUCCAGUCUCUUACACAAUUAACUCAAAUACCUUUACACCCAACGCAAUACACACCACAAUUACCUGUCAUGACAUCUAUUGAAACGCCUCCACCUCCGCCACAACUACAGCAACAACAGUUAUCUGCGUCGGUGAUAACCGGGUCUGCUAUGACCUCUGCUAAUGUGUCGCCAAGCAAUGCAGAGAAUAAAUCUACAGAGACUUCUACAAAGGAGACAUCAGUUAACGGCUCUCCAUCUUCGGGUUCACAACUAAAGCAGAUAAGCAUAACAAGUCUAGUUGGGAAUGAAAACAAGGAGAAAGUUAUUCUCUCAGAUGAAAAGGAAUCUACCACUCAAUCAAGUACGACACCUGUCGGUGCUCUUCAAGAUAAGAGUCCAUCGAUUGCAUCAAUGGUUACUUCCGAUAGUAUACCUGCCAAGUCAACAAGUCCUGUUGGUGAAUCAAAGGAAAAUGUUGGGCAGAAAAGCGAAACAUCAAAAUUACCAUCAUUGGUAGAAAGCGUAGUUUCAAGUGAUUCGUUGCGUAUAUUAACAGAUAAAGUCACUGAGGAGACUAAACCAAACACUGCAUCCCGUAAAGAACAUGGAAGCUCUCCUGUGGCGAGCAUUUUAAAUUGA